GGUCCUCCGCAGACUAUGACAGGAACUUGUCCUCUGUCCAGUCCAGGUGGAACCAGGAUGGAGCUGCUGUGUUGGGGGGACUGCUCCAGAGGACAGUUUGGUCCAAACACAUCUGGGUUGAGUCCUGUGUCCUGGACUGUCCCUGAAGUCAUCACCGACAUCUGCUGUGGAGAGGAACACACUUUGUUUCUGACUAAGGAUGGAGACGUGUUGUCGUGUGGACACAACGGACAGGGACAACUUGGACGAAAGAAUAAAGAUGGAAAAACUCCAGGCCGUGUAAAGGGACUGAGUAAAGUGGUGGCCAUGGCUUGUGGUCAGGAUCACUGUCUGGUUGUAAAUGCAACUGGAGGUGUCUUCUCUUGGGGGGCUGGAGAGGAUGGACAGCUCGGGUUGUUACCAGAUCCAGAGUGUGACCAAUACAGACCCAGUGGGGUGCCUUUACCACUGCCAGUACCAGUGAUUCAAGUUGCUUGUGGAAAUUCCCAUUCCUUGGCGUUAACUAAAGGUGGAGAUGUCUUUUCCUGGGGUCAGAACAGUCAUGGUCAGCUGGGUCUUGGGAAGGAGGUGUCACUGCAGUACACACCGGUCCUGAUCCACUCCCUGAUCGGUGUCGCAGUGAGCCAGAUCGCUGCCGGAGCAGAAUACACCCUGGUCCUCACUCUGCCAGGCCUGGUGUACUGCUGUGGGGCCAAUAAAGUGGGUCAGCUGGGCCUCAACAGGGUCGACGAGAAGGGUAGGUUCAACAUCUGCAUGGUACCUGCUCUCAGACCUCUAGGUGUUUCUUUCAUAAGCUGUGGAGAAGCACAUACAGCUGUGUUAACAAAGGAUGGGAAGGUGUUCACUUUUGGAGAUGGACGUCAUGGUCAGCUGGGUCAUAACUCAUCUGGUAAUGAAGUGAGACCCAGACUUGUGGAGGGUUUGGGUGGACGUGCCUCACAAAUCGCAUGUGGCAGGCAUCACACUCUAGUUUUGAGCUCCUCAGGCCAGCUGUGGGCCUUUGGUAAUGGGGUCAAAGGUCAGAUUGGAAGUGGACGACCUGAAAAUAGUCUGACCCCCAGUCUAGUCCAGCUCCCAUGGACCACUGACAGUGCAGCAGCCGUUCCCACUGACUUGAAAAUCGCAGCUGGAUGGAAUACGAACUUUGCUUACAUUUCAUCUGCAAAGAAUUCGCAUCAAAAUCAGAUAAUUGGACGAGUUGAGGAGACAACAGUGCAAAGAUGGCUGGCAACACCACAGAGCAUGGUGACAAAGAGAGAAAUACUGUCAAUGUUUUUCACAAGUUCAAGUCUUGUUGCAAGUUUCACCAAAGCUAAUAAGUGUCCAGCAGAAGCAGGUGCUUUAACUGUGGACCUGGAGGCAGCCAGUCGAGCUUUUGACCAACUGAUGGCCAUACCAUGGAUCCAACAAUCAUUGAACCUACAGGUCCACAUGGAUUUGCUGUACACUGCAAGAGAGUUUUUGAGGUCUCCAGAGAUCUUCCUGAUUCUGCUGACGUUACCUGUUCUCCGAAACGACUCGCACGUCAUGAAUGAUGUGUUGGCCCUGGCGAUCAGUAUAACAGAGCUGAAUGAGAAGGCUUUGAAAACACUAAGAACCUGGUGGUCUUCUGUGACACCCACCAUACUGAUGAAGCACAUCUCCGUAUUCAAAAAAGCUCUGGCCUUCAUGUUAAAAAAUGGCCUCCUGGCGACUCACAACCCUGGAGUCAAAUACUUGCUGGAAGCCCUUAAACUACUCUACAAGGUGAACAAAUCAGGAAAAUCCUACAAAGUCCCACUGAGCACCUUUUAUGUGGAAGAAAUCAUUGCAAAUAUCGUGCCUCUGGAAGAUGUCUCUUUGUGGGUUUUGUUCUCUAAAAAUGAGGAUGAUGCCAACACACCUGCCAUCUUCUGCCGCUACCCGUUCUUGUUGACUCCGAUUUGCAAGGUUGCAGUCUUCAACAUCUUUGCCUACUUCACGAAGGGGAUCCACCAUUUCAUGCAUGACCUGGCUUUGGCGUGGCCUCAUGAGUCGUUUGUGAACUCUGCAGACUCUCCUCCGGCACCGAUCUUCCAGUUAACUCUGAGACGACCUCACCUGGUCGAGGACACCUUCAGACAGAUCAGUGCAGCUGACCACAGCGCCUUUGAAAGGCAGCUUCAGGUGCAGUUUGUGGAUGACAGGAAGGUGACCAACGUCAACAAAAGGGAUUUCUUCCUCCAUGUGUUCGAUGAGCUGAUGGCUCCAGAGUCUGGAAUGUUCAUGUACAAUGAACACAAAACUCUGGCCUGGUUCCCCCCCAAGCCAAAAGUUGAGGAGAAGAGUUACUUUGUGUUUGGGGUCUUGUGUGGCCUGGCUCUCUACAACCACAACAUCGUCCACCUGCCGUUCCCUCUGGUUCUCUUCAAGAAGCUGCUCAGAGUCAAACCCUCAUUAGACGACAUGAAGGAGUUUGAGCCUGUAGUGGCAAGAUCCUUGCAGUGCAUCUUAGAGGAGUACACUCCCGAUGUGAUUGAAGGUCUGCAAACGACUUUCACUGUGUCCUGGGGAGGAGAAUCAGUUGCGCUUGAUCCAAAAGAGAGUGAAAAACCUGUCACAAAUGCAAACAAGAAAGAGUUUGUCGCUGCCUUUAUCGACUACGCCUUUAACACAUCGGUGGAGGGAGUGUUCGAGGCCUUUAAGAGAGGCUUCUUUAAGGUCUGUAACAUAGAUGUAGUUGAUUUCUUCCAGCCGGAGGAGCUGCAAGAAGUGAUGGUGGGCCAAGAAACCUACGACUGGGAGGUGUUCAAGCAGAACACAGUUUAUUCUGGGGAGUACCACGCUGAACACCCAAACAUUGUUACCUUCUGGGAGGUUUUUGAGAACCUGACACCUGAGCAAAAGAAAGGGUUCCUGUUGUUUCUCACAGGCUGUGACCGUGUCCCCUUCCUGGGUAUGGAGAGCGUCAAGAUGACCAUCGCUGUUUUGCCCAAUGCCACUGAACUCCAUUUCCCAGAAUCCCUCACCUGCCACCUGCUGUUGUACCUGCCCCUCUACCAGAGAUACCCAGUUGAGCGGACGAUGCGGGACAGACUGGUACACGCUAUUAAUCACAACAGAGGCUUCUGGAAAGAAUAAAACACUACACCUGCUUCAUGUUUAACACUUGUGUAUGUUUUUUUUUUUUUUUUUUUCACAUUGCUCUGUGUAAGAAUUUAUGCAGAUGAAGGACUGCAUUUAUUCAACUAAAAUUGUGAUUUCCACUCAUUUGUUCAACUGCUAUAAGCAAAGACUAUGUGGUGAAGUCAUCAUUAAAUCCUACAAGUAUACAUUUAAAGCACCGGUGUCAGUCACAUGUGUAUUUAGAACAAAGUAAUGUUUUCUUUGGAUACCUAAUGACAUUGUUAGAGUUAUAUAUUAUAUUUUCAUUGUUUUUGUUGAAAACUGCACUAGAGGAGGGGUGCAAAUUGUAAGCGUUCCUUAAAUAAAUGCUCUUUUCUUCAAUAAUGUCGUGCAGUUUAU